AACAAGCACUCCAAACCUUAAACGGUACGCCUGCUUCACCCCGUGGUGACCAUGUUUCAGACCAGCCGCAACAACGUGGUGGUCAUAUGAUCCAGGGACAUGCAGAGAGAGUUGAACAGAAUCAGACGGAGUCCCUCACAUCAGCCACGCCCCCACCUCCUCCUCUCCCUUCUGGCAGUAGCGGCCCUCAACAUCCCAUCCCCAGCAGCCCUGGGGAUGGAGCCGCUGGUCAGGAGCCACCCAGGCAGCGUGAAAACUUUAAUGUGAUGGAGAUAAGGCAUCCUUUUAAGGUUACUGCGCCCUCCCGUGGUAAUCUAGCUGUAUUUCACGCAAGUGUGAUGCAUCUGGAAUUAGCCGGAGGAGGAUUCUCACGUCAUGUGAUCGUUCCUGUCGAUGGCGAGGAUGACGACAGCAUUUUGCCUGCGUUUAUGGAUUUUUGGGAUGAGCUUGUACAGUCCAACGCCGAGCUUCUUGCAAAUAACAACCUGGAGCUUAUUCUCCAGGUUGGAGGAAUCCUUCUGGAGGCCCUGGCGCAUGUCAAUAAUCCAUGUUUAACCGACAGGGAAGCCUCAGUCCUGUGGAGGCAGUGGCAGCUUAUGGAAGGUUUGACUGAGCAAACGCCCGUUAACUUCAGCGAUGUCAAUAAAUUUGAGAGGAUAGUGAAGAGGAAGAUUGUUGUGUUUUAUGGAAAGGGCGAGAAAAAUUUACUGUGUAAAUUUGAGACAGACUUCCCUGACCGUUCAAACCCCCUUUUCUUAUUCUUGCUGGGAAACCAUUACUAUGGGAUAAGGAAUCUCACCGGUUGUACCGGAGCAAAAUACACCUGUAGUUAUUGUUAUAUCGGUUUCGAUCACCCCGAAAGGCAUUUCUGUGAAGGUUACUGUCCCAUUUGUCACUACCCGAGCUGUCAUCUUAGGCUUUUAAGAUCUGUGCAGUGCGCGGCGUGCAAUCGGAUCUGUCAUGAUUCAAUAUGUUUUGAUAAACACCGAGAGCCUCGCCUCAGACCCCAGCUGGAAAAGUUUAGGAGUAAUUGCGAAACCAGUAAAUUCUGCCUGGUCUGUAAAAUACUUUAUCACGUCCCUGCCUCUCGAGAACUUUGCAUUCACGAAUUCUCGGUAAAAUGCACAGUUUGUGGUGAGAAAUUACCUCGCGAAGCUGAUGUAACACUAAACGAGCAUCAGUGUUGCAUUCAGCCCUGCCCGACCGAUAAGGGCCUAGACGAUAAACUGAUUUUUAAUUUUGAAUCUUUCAGCAGAGUGACGUGCACGUUCCCUUUC